CGUUGCGAGCGGUGGUGUAAGCGGUGGAGAAGGGUUACAUGGUGAAUAUGAGCUGUAAUUCAGGGAAUUGCAAAAGUCUUAGGUUACGAAUCAGUUGCACGGCGACUUGAAACAUUUAUUUUGCUAUUUUCAGAACAUCAACAAAGAUGAAAUAUCAAGAGACACGGAUCGCAACAUUGUAACGUGUAGCUACCAACUGAUCAGCCAAGUCAUGGAAUAUGCUGUUGUCGUCUGCUGCUGCCGAGAGGGAGAAAAAUAAAGGAAUCCAACUCAAACGGACCUGAUCACAGGCACGGACUAGAAGUCGGCAUAGCGAACUAACCAGAGAUUUGAUCCGAACGACGCUCUGCAAAGUUCUCUUGCAUGUUGAAACAGUAGAGUGAAAACGGACACUGGCCACAGCACAGUGGAGCACCCCCUCCCUUCUCUUGCUUGGAAUACCGAAAAUACGGGUUUUAUGCAGAUAUUCCUUCCUUUGGCAAAUCGAUUGAACGGGUGGUGUAAGUAAAGACAGUACUACAUGUGUUCUGUUUUUUUUUAAAUAGGGUAGUUUCUGAAAACUAUGUUUCAAUAGCAGCACGAGUCUGUAGUGCAUUUUCUCGACGUCAGUGUGAACUGUCUAGAGGACUUCUGAAAGAAUUUUAAUCUAGCUAGUUUUUUUAACCAACUUUGUGCGGAUUGGGGGAAAGAAAGCGGCUGGUGAUUUAGAAGACACGACCCCGUUCAUGCGGAGAAGUCUUGUGCAAGGCGUACGUUUUAACGUUUUUGUUAGCGAACUCUCUCUCUGACCCACAAUGGCAGUACCAUCGAAGACCUGGAAUUUGGUUUGGACAGCGGGUUGCGUUCUGGUGACCGUGUGCCUGCUCUCUCAGCCGUGUUCCGGGCAGUAUCACGGAGAGAAGGGUAUCUCUAUACCUGAACACGGCUUCUGUCAGCCCAUAUCUAUUCCGCUCUGCACCGACAUCGCCUACAACCAAACCAUCAUGCCGAACCUACUGGGCCACACGAAUCAGGAAGACGCGGGGCUGGAGGUGCACCAGUUCUACCCUCUCGUUAAGGUGCAGUGCUCAAUGGACUUAAAGUUUUUCUUGUGCUCGAUGUACGCGCCGGUGUGCACGGUGCUCGAGCAGGCGAUUCCACCGUGUCGCUCUUUGUGUGAACGAGCGCGUCAAGGCUGCGAGGCCCUGAUGAAUAAGUUUGGCUUCCAAUGGCCCGAGAGGCUCCGCUGUGAGAAUUUCCCGGUCCACGGCGCGGGAGAAAUUUGCGUGGGUCAGAACACCUCGGACACGGGCAGCCCCACCUCGUACCCAACUCCCUACAUCCCCGAACUCAUUACGCUGCCUCCCAACAUGGGGCGGUCGAGUCAGCCCUUCUCGUGUCCGCUGCAGCUGGAGGUGCCUACAUACCUAAAUUACUACUUUUUGGGGGUGAAGGACUGCGGCGCCCCCUGUGAGCCCACGAAACCCAACGGAUUGAUGUAUUUCCGUGAAGAGGAGGUGAAGUUCGGCCGACUUUGGGUGGGCAUCUGGUCGAUUCUAUGUUGCGUGAGCACCCUGUUCACGGUCCUCACGUAUCUAGUGGAUAUGCGGCGGUUCCGUUACCCAGAGCGGCCCAUCAUCUUCCUCUCCGGCUGUUACUUCAUGGUGGCGGUGGCCUAUGCAGCCGGCUUCCUCCUGGAGGACAAAGUGGUCUGCAUCGAUAAGUUUAAGGACGACGGUUACAAAACGGUGGCGCAGGGCACCAAGAAAGAGGGCUGUACAAUCCUCUUCAUGAUCCUCUACUUCUUCGGCAUGGCCAGCUCCAUUUGGUGGGUGAUACUGUCCCUCACAUGGUUCCUCUCUGCUGGCAUGAAGUGGGGUCACGAAGCCAUCGAGGCCAACUCUCAGUAUUUUCACCUCGCUGCCUGGGCCGUGCCCGCCGUCAAGACCAUAACCAUCCUGGCCAUGGGCCAAGUGGACGGCGACAUUCUCACGGGGGUGUGCUACGUGGGCAUCUACAACGUGGACUCGUUGCGCGGCUUCGUCCUCGCCCCCCUCUUCGUCUACCUGUUCAUAGGCACGUCGUUCCUUCUCGCUGGAUUCGUGUCCCUGUUCCGUAUCCGCACCAUAAUGAAGCACGACGGGACCAAGACGGAGAAGCUGGAGAAGCUGAUGGUGCGGAUUGGCGUUUUCAGCGUGCUGUACACGGUUCCGGCCACCAUCGUGAUCGCUUGCUACUUCUACGAGCAAGCAUUCCGCGAGCAGUGGGAGAAGACUUGGCAUAUGCAGACGUGUAAACGCUUCGCCGUGCCUUGCCCAGUCAACAAUUUUGCCCCCAUGACCCCGGACUUCACAGUUUUCAUGAUCAAGUACCUAAUGACCAUGAUCGUAGGCAUCACCUCUGGUUUUUGGAUAUGGUCCGGGAAAACGCUGCAGUCUUGGCGCAGGUUUUACAAGAGGCUUAGUAACAGCAACCAGGGCGAGACGACGGUAUGAACGUUUCAGAGGGGCAUCGUGUGAGAAACGGGGUCAAAAAAAGACGAAUAAAGUCCCUUGCUUUAUAAACUGGAAUUGAUUUUAAAAUCUAGACUUUGGAAUUUGAAUUUGAGCUCAUUGCUGCCCCUCUCUACAUGAGAUUGUUAAUCAGGUUUAAUGUGUACUCAUUGCCUUUGUCAAACCUUGCCAUUCUCGUUGGUUGUCGCUGAGCCAUUGAUUUUUUUUUCUUGAAGGGGGUCCUAACU